CCGCGCUGCCCUCGCCCACGUGGUCGGUCUCGCCCUGUCCCUGAUGGCCGGGAAGGAGGCGCCCGCCGCCGAGCCGCCCGACAAGAAGGCGCGUGUGGGCCGGGGCUGGGAGGAGGCGCAGAAUCCCCCCAAGAGGAUCCGCGGCGGUGAGCUUGAGGAGCAGCCGCGGAAGCCGCCCAAGCGCAAGAUCGUGCUGCUCAUGGCCUACUCGGGGAAGGGCUACCACGGCAUGCAGAGGAACCUGGGGUCCUCGCAGUUCAAGACAAUUGAAGAUGACUUGGUGUCUGCUCUGGUCCGGGCAGGCUGCAUCCCUGAGAAUCAUGGUGAGGACAUGAGGAAGAUGUCUUUCCAGCGCUGCGCCCGCACAGACAAGGGUGUGUCUGCAGCUGGCCAGGUCGUGUCCCUGAAGGUGUGGCUGAUUGAUGACCUUCUGGACAAGAUCAAUAGCCACCUUCCAUCCCACAUCCGGAUCCUGGGGCUGAAGAGGGUCACAGGUGGCUUCAACUCCAAGAACAGGUGUGAUGCCAGGACCUACUUGUACAUGCUGCCCACCUUUGCCUUUGCCCACAAGGACCGGGACGUGCAGGAUGAGACGUACCGCCUGAGUGCAGAGACGCUGCAGCAGGUGAACCGGCUGCUGGCCUGCUACCAGGGCACCCACAACUUCCACAACUUCACCUCGCAGAAGGGACCCCGGGAGCCCAGUGCACGGCGCUACGUGCUAGAGAUGUACUGCGAGCCGCCCUUCGAGCGAGAGGGCCUGGAGUUCGCCGUGAUCAAGGUGAAGGGCCAGAGCUUCAUGAUGCACCAGAUCCGUAAGAUGGUAGGGCUGGUGGUGGCCAUCGUGAAGGGCUACGCCCCUGAGAGCGUGCUGGAGCGCAGCUGGGGUGAGGAGAAGGUGGAUGUGCCCAAGGCACCGGGGCUCGGCCUGGUGCUGGAGCGAGUGCACUUCGAGACGUACAACCAGCGCUUUGGCAGCGACGGGCUGCACGAGCCGCUGGACUGGGUGCAGGAAGAGGCCAAGGCGGCGGCCUUCAAGGAGCAGCACAUCUACCCCACCAUCGUCAGCACUGAACGGCACGAGCGCUCCAUGGCCCAGUGGCUCAGCACCCUGCCCAUCCAUGACUUCAGUGCCACCGCGCUUGCUGCCGGCACCGCCCCCGUGGGCUUAGGCACCCAGGACCCAAGCCCUGAGGAUUGCACUGACCAGGACUCAGACUGAGCCCCCAAGGACUGCAGGCACCUCUUGACCCGAGCCAAGGGUUCUGGGCCUGCCUGCCUCAGGACCAUGCUGUCACAGGACACCCUGCCUUACCGGUGCGUCAGUGCGUCUGUGCAUGGGCCUCGGUAGCCCAGGCUGGCCUUGGACUUCGGUGAUCCUGCCUCAGCUUCCCAG